CCUUGCCCGGACGGUCCGGUCAUCUCCUACCUCUUUCAAAUCCAUCAUUCCCUCACCCUUGCGUCGUCUCGUUUCGCCCCUCCUCACUUUCUCUUCCUGUCGAAUCUCUGCGUUUCUACCGUGUCUCGUGAAUCCAUGGAGCUCCGUUUCUCUCCGACACCGCUUAUUUUGCGCGAAUCCAACCGUUGUUGAGAGGGUAUGAAGGAAUUUGGAAGUGGAGCUUUGGUUCGGUGAUUCCGGUACACUUUGUGUUCAUGAUGAAGUUGCUUGGAGGGGAUUAGUGAGUGCUUAAGGAUGGGCGAGGAUAGCUGCGAUUGGGAUUAGGGUCGCGCGGAAUUUUUCUGAAGUGUUUUAGGGAGAAGACACGGCGCGAGGCAAGGAGAACGGGGUAUAUAAGAAGGGGGGCUAUGGGGCGGCCGAAGAAAGCCGCAGUGGUGCGCAGGGCAUUGUUAAACAAGGAUACUAAUUUGCCGGCUCCCACUGAGGUUAAGCCAGUCGAGAAUGUUGACGAAGAAGUAAGCGAUUUCGAAGAGCAGCUGCGGAUUGUGAACCUUGUCUGUAACGCAGUUGACCAGGAAGUGGAGUCAAGAUCGGCGGCAAUCGUAGCCAUCGGGGAUGGGCACAUGGCUAGCGCCACUACUCAACUUCAGUUGAUGAUGUCCAAGUUUCCCGAGCACAUACGCAAAAUGCCUUUGAAGAAGUUCUUAAAGCAGCACUGUCCAAACACAAUAGCCAACACUCGAUCAGAUGGAACUGUGUACUUUGAUCCUGUGCUGGAGUCAGAACCCUUCCUAAUCGGCAGGUUUCAAGCUCCCGGCGGAGGCGUUCUCAACUUCAACAGUCUAAACUUCAAUAGUCUUAACUUCAACACCGGUUUUGCAUCUGUUCAAAAUACUCCGGGCUUUGGUCCAUCUAAAACAUUGAGAGAGCAAGUUGGAGAAGGUGUCAGCAAUGAAAUAGCUGGUCAGAAGGACAUUGAACAACUGAGUUGGGAUGAGUUCCUGGCUUCCUAUCGAAUGCAGUCAGCCAUGAAAGGCCCAUCUGCCUGGGAUACUCCUUCCUUGCGAACACCCGGCAUGAACUGGAGGGACACUAUGAUCACUCGAAAUUACACUCCCAUGACAGAGAAAGUCUUUCCUUCAAUGCUGCCAUCGCAAACUGGGAAAAUGUCAGUGGGAGGAACUAAGCGGAAGGCUCCUACCUCUCGUGGGCUCCGAAUGUAGACCAUACAUCACACUCAAGAUCUCGCAGUAGUUCCUAGUAUUUUAUACCCUCAUGUAAUGGUAAAAAUGCAGACCUGGAGUGCGUACUCAAUUAUUAAUUUACCUGCGCCUUAUCUUCUCUAGGUUACGCUGUUUUCAUCCAUUGUGCCACUGGGUGCUCUUUGGGCUGAAUCAGAUUUUUAGCUUGAACCAAGUUUCAUUGGAUUGUGCGAGACUGACGUUUUCUGUUCUCUCAGGAUUCUCUGUCUUGAUUGAGAUAUUCAAAUUGUUGCGCCUCUUGGAAAAUGGAUUGAGAGCAGGUCGAAAGAAUAAAGGAAACCUCUCCGCUUGGACUUGGUUCUGAAGUUUUCGUCCUCAACGGAA